UUUUUGUUUACGGUAUUGGUGGGUUUUUGUCCCUAAGACUCUUCUAUCUAAUCUAUCUAUUAUUCUAUCCAUUGUUUCCUUCCAUCUCAAAAAAAGGAAAAACAAAAAACAAAAUGAAAAUUUCACGUUCCUGAAGGAGAGAGAGAGAGAGACAGAGAAAGUUGAGGACUUAAAUGUUUUCAGUUCCUGAAUUCCCUUAGAUCUCUUGCAUUUCGAAACAGUUUUUUCGGGGGGUUUGCUUUGCACGCAAGUUGUACUUUUUCCCCUGUCGGAGAAUGAGUUUAAUCGGAAACAUUAUAACUUGAUCGUGGUUUGGUUCCUGGAUCCUUGUUCGAAUGUUGUUUUUCCAGGAGGGCCAAAUUAAUAUUGUGAAUUUUCCUUUUGCCUUCAUGCUGUAGAUUAUCUUAAUUAUCUUCCAUAUAAGUCCCUAUGUGAGAAUAGAAAUCGUCGUUGUCGUUAAACCUUAGAUUGUUCAAAUUGCUUUCCUUGAUCUGGUAGCAUGUGAAUAAUCGGUGACUGUUGUUGGGUUCUAUGUAUUUUUUAUUAAGUAACAUUGAAUCGAAUUCGUUGCAAAUUAUUUAUUACGGUGGUAUUGUGAGUGCUUUCCUAUUUUUCAUAUAGUAGCAAAAUGUGAAAAUUAACCUGACAUGUUUCUUUAUUCAAUACUAUGGCAGUGAAAAAGAUCUGGUGUAUAUACGCUUCUGGUUAUUUGAUGAGCUGUAUAUGUUUUAACUAUGGUGUCGAAGAAGAGGGUAGAUUAUGGAUUUAAUGGCUUUCGAGUUCCUAUUAUACCUAAAGCUCCUAGAUCUGCAAGGAGGAGGGGUCCUUUCAACAAAGCAGCAGAGGAUGGUCGAGUUUGUGCUAUCGAACUACUGGCAUCUUUAGCUGGCCAAUUGCUGCAGGAGAGUGAAAGUUCUGCUUCCAGCAACGCAUCUGAAGGAAAUAAUCAACCUGCCUUUAGCCAAGGUGUCAUUGAGCAAGACAGACAAAAUGAAGUUAAACCAUUAAAAAAGGAGGAAAUUCACCAGGGAAGUUGUGCUGAGAGCACUAUUAAGACUGAGGUAGGGUCACAAAACAGUAGCCAGAAACCUCCUCCACAUUCCAAGACUGAUUUUUCAAAAGGGCACGUUUCGGUUAAUAAUGGUUCUGACAUUUGGGAGAAAGUUGAAGGUGAUGUGAAGUCUGAAAUUUUCAAAUGGGAUAAUAAAUUUGGGAAUUAUUCUAAUAGAUUAGUAAAAGCAUCUGAAAAGUUUAGGGAGUCUAGUGAUGGUAAGAUGAAGAAUGGAUUUAAACAGGAACAAAAAGCUGGCAGUUCAUGCUUUAGGGGAUCAAAUUUGGCUGAUAAAUGUAGUUUGAAAGACCACUUAGAAUUGUAUGUAUCUCCUACGCUAAUUAACUCAAAAAGUAAUAUUAAAUCUCCCUUUCAUAGGAAAUCUUCUCCCAGUGCUUCCUUUUCCAGGCGUGGGAAUGUUGUUAAAUUAGGUUCUAGAGAUGAUGACGAAAACUUUUUAAGGUGCAAAAGAGUUUGCACAAAGUCAAAGGCUUUUAGGUCUCCAAGACGCAUUGCGCACCGAAGAAUCAGGAAUUUGAUGUCUUCUAAAUACUGGAAGACUGCCCCAAAGCUGAAAGACUGUGAACUUUCUAGAUCUGAUUUAGGAGUACCUCAUUAUCAUAAGAGGAAGACUUGCUAUGGUUUUGAAAGAUUUCAGAACAACACUUUUAUUAAGAAGAGGAAAAUCGUUGAUCGGGUUUCAGGAGUAACUUCUGAUGGAGGAUUCAGCAGUGAGAGUGUGUCCAAUUCACCUCAGAAAGGGACGGAUGGAGACAAGCCUAGCUCAUCUGCAAAACUGCAUGUAGCUAAGGCUAAGGAUUCCCAUGUAAAGUUUAGCAUUAAGUCGAUAAGGAUACCAGAGCUUUAUAUUGAGGUUCCCGAAACUGCAACUGUUGGUUCGCUAAAGAGGACAAUCAUGGAGGCGGUGAUGGCUAUACUUGGAGGGGGUGCACAUGUUGGUGUUCUUCAUCAUGGGAAAAAAGUCAGAGAUGACAGUAGGACGCUUGUGCAGACGGGUAUAUCUUGCAACGAAAAUUUGGAUACCCUGAGUUUCAUGUUGGAGCCCGUUUCUCUUCAAGCUCCAACCAUUUGUGCUGGUGAUCCCUCUUCUCAAUGUGAAACAUCCCAGCUCACUAGGCCCAUAGAAACUCCUGCCUUAGAUUCAGACAUUACUGAUACCUUGCAUGACUCACCCUUGCUGACAUAUCCGAGCAACCUAAUUGAAAGUAACCACGAGACUACUUCUUCACUCGCCGACACAACAGUUGACAAAAUAACACCUGAUUGCAGAGCGCUGGUUCCCGUCCCAGCUAGCGCGGAAGCAUUAGCUGUGGUUCCUGUGAGUCAGAAAACUAAGCGCUCUGAGUUUGUACAGCGCCGAACCAGGAGACCGUUCUCUGUGACUGAGGUAGAAGCACUUGUUCACGCAGUUGAGGAACUUGGAACUGGGAGGUGGCGUGAUGUUAAGCUGCGAGCUUUUGAGAAUGCAGACCAUAGGACAUAUGUGGACCUAAAGGAUAAAUGGAAAACAUUGGUGCACACUGCAACAAUCUCCCCUCAACAAAGGAGAGGAGAACCGGUGCCUCAGGAGCUCUUGGACAGAGUUUUGGCUGCUCAUGCAUUCUGGUCUCAGCACCAAGCCAAGCAGCAUGGGAAACAUCAAGCUGGAUCUGGAACCUUGAAGAUUACUGAAGCCUCGGCUGAAAGACCGUGUGUUUGUUGAAGAUGUCUAGUUCAAUGACUUGUGAUAUGAUGGUGUAGAAAGGUGUGGUGGUGUUGACAGGAAAAAGAGGAAGACAAACUUGUACAUUUUCAUUCAAAUUCAUGUAAUAUUCUUACACCAAAUUCUUUGCCGGCCAUUAAUUGCAUGCAGGUUGGCAUUUGUAAAUGAUUUGAUGCAAUAAGAUUGUUCUAACAGGAA